AUGUUUCAAAGAUUACUCUUCCUUCUCCCUCUUCUUCUGAUUCAAUAUUUUUUCUAUUUUCAGAUUUCCUCUGCUCUCAAGGAGGGACAAACAUGUAUAGUAAACAAGAACUGUGACACUGGAUUACACUGUGAAACAUGUUUAGCCAGCAGUAAUCUCAGACCUAGAUGUUCUCGAACACAACCUAUCAAUCCUAUCUCCAAGGUAAAGGGAUUGCCUUUCAAUAAGUACUCAUGGUUAACAACACACAACUCGUUUGCUCGUUUGGGAGAAGUAUCAAGGACCGGUUCUGUGAUUUUAGCUCCUACUAAUCAGCAAGAUUCAAUCACAAGCCAACUCAAUAAUGGUGUAAGAGGGUUUAUGCUUGAUAUGUAUGACUUCGAAAACGAUGUUUGGCUUUGUCAUUCUUUCGGUGGAACAUGUUACAAUGUCACAGCUUUCCGACCGGCUAUUGAUGUUUUAAGGGAGAUUCAAGUGUUUCUAGAGAAGAACAGUGAGGAAGUUGUAACGAUUAUAAUCGAAGACUAUGUGAAAUCGCCUAAAGGUCUCACGAAAGUGUUUGAUGCGGCCGGAUUAAGAAAGUUCAUGUUUCCGGUUACUAGAAUGCCCAAAAAUGGAGGGGAUUGGCCAACGCUUGAUGAUAUGGUACGCCAAAACCAAAGGUUGCUAGUUUUUACAUCCGAUAGAAGUAAAGAAGCAACCGAAGAAAUCGCAUAUCAGUUUAAGUAUACGGUUGAGAAUCAGUAUGGGAAUGGAGGAUUGAAGGCAGGAGUGUGUCCAAACAGGGGUGAAUCAUCACCGAUGAACGAUAAAUCGAAAUCUCUUGUUCUUGUUAACCAUUUUCCUGAUGCUCCUGAUUUGGUAGUAGCAUGUAAACAAAACUCUGCUUCUCUUCUUGAAUCCAUUAAGACGUGUUACCAAGCCGCGGGACAACGAUGGCCUAACUACAUAGCAGUCGAUUUCUACAAGAGAAGUGAUGGUGGAGGAGCUCCGCAAGCAGUUGAUGUAGCGAAUGGCAAUUUGAUAUGCGGUUGCGAUAAUUUUGCCGCGUGCAAGGCGGACGGAAGUUGUGGAUAG